AUGUUUGGCGGCUUCCUCGUGUUCAAUGCGGACACCGGUGCCUCGACUGGCAAGCACGAGACGGAAACAGAGCUCAACCAACUAGGUGCUCCGGUCUUCCAUCGGCGUUUCGAGUUGGGCUUCGGUCUGCCGAUUGCGGAGCGGCAACCAUCGUUAGCCGACCCUGUUGGACUGGCGCUGCAGCUCUUUGCCUUCAGCCGCUUCUCAGACGGGUUGCCUGGUGCCCCAAAGCUCGAGUCCCUCCGCUUCGGCCGCGCGGGCACCGUGGGCGACAUUUUUCUUUCCUCGGCAUCGCUGCCCGAUCCCAUUGCAAAAGACGCCACGUUGCGGCUCACUCUGGUGGUCUUCGGGGAUUUGACGGCAAAACUCGGAUCUCGGCUCUCGAAGAGCCUUCUGCAAGACUUCGCGGAGGAGAACGUGACUUCGAUCCAGGUCUUGCACCCAGAACAAAACGCCGAGCCGUCCCCGGGCAAGACCACCUGGCAUUUCCAUACUCUGGAUUCAUCUCUGGAGUCUGUGGUCGACUGGCUCGCAGAUGAUGUCGCACGGGCUUUGCCCAACUUUCCCCCUUGGCUGUGUGUCCUACGCUUCGAUCAGGAAAAGACGAGGAACAAGCUCAACAUUGGUCAUGUCGAAGUAGGCACCCCUCGUCCGCCUGCUGAGCCACCGGCGAGUGCACGUGGGCGCCCGAAGUCGUUUGCUCGCCGGCUUCUUCAUCAGUUCCAAGGACUCGCCAGCGCGGCUACGGGCACGCCGAGAGCAAAAUCCGAGGAUACCAGGGUCAAGAAGUCAGUGAGCGAAAACGACGGAGAUGCUGCCCGUGGUCAGCCUGCGAAGUGGCUGGGCCGAGGCCCAUCACCGGAAACGGAGUAUUUUGCGUUGACAGCCUUCAUGUACGAAGGGCCUGAGGGCUGCGAAAAGGAGCCGCUUCCAGCCAAGACAUCGGAGCCAGUCCUUGAAGCUGCCAAAUGUUUGCUGACGCCAAAAUUGAAGGGCGCUGGCUGGACUCUGCUGGAGCCAGUUCCGGAGAGCUGGCUCCGGCGCUCAUCUCAGGAUUGCCACUUCUGUCUCGCCCUGACUGUGGGGUCAAGCAGAUCGCACAUCGUGAUGCCUUUGAACGCCGUUCACGAAGGCACAACGAAAGAGUUGAACUCGUUAGACAGCGCAUCGCUAAAUCAGAUUUGUGCCAGCGUUCGUCGGAAGUUGGAUGCGGAAGUGCAGAGCCUCAUUCUUUGGCUUUCUUCACCAGCCGGGUCCACGGCCUGCGGAGUUCGUGAAACUGGAGUACGGCGCAGGAGCAAUUGA